UUUUAUCAUUUCAGCAAAACUGGACUGAAAGUUUGGAAACACUCUAAAAUGGUCUCUAAAGUAUAUGUUAAUGGUUUUGUAGACUGUUGUUUCAAAAAAUAUAUUUUAAACCAAAUGAAGCCUAAUAGAAGGUUUUUUUGCUUAUCAUCAAUCGUCAGUAAUGAUUUCAACGAAAAAGACUACAAGUUUCAUUACUUAAAUAGCAACGUAUUUCAGAGCAAAUCAACAAAAGACCUUAUUAGAUCUUUUGUAGUGUUGAAAACGUCGUCAAUCGGCAGAUUUGUCGAUUAUUCAGAGCGGAUGUUUCUCAUUGGUGAGAAAAUUAUUUGGGCUCCUCUUUUCCGAUGGUUAAUGAAAUCCACUUAUUACGGUAACUUUGCCGCUGGAGAAACUGUAGAUGAAGCAAAAGCAACAGCUGAUAAGUUAAAAACUCAUAAUGUUCUGACCAUGUUAUGUGUCCCGAUUGAGUCAAAGAAAUUUUCUUCGAAUCAAGAAGCUGAAUUUGAAUAUGAAAAAAAUUUCAAUACCGUCUUAAGAUGCAUCGAAGAAACAGCAGCCAUUGAGUCCAAUGGAUUUGCACAGCUCAAAAUCACUGCGCUAUGUGAUAAAGAAUUACUGGUAAAUGCAAACAAACAACUUGAAAAAUAUCAGUAUAGCCACAAUGAGGAUGAAAAUUGGGAUAUCAGGACAGUUGUUGAUUUAAUCAAAUCAUGUCAAUAUAGUAAAAUCAAACUAUCUGGGCUUUCAGACGAGAGUAAUAAAAAGUUUGUAAAGUUACUUAGCUAUCUCGAUAAACUAGCUCAGCAUUCAGCAAAGCAUGGAGUUCGACUUAUGGUUGAUGCAGAACAAACAUAUAUGCAAGCAACGUUAAACUAUCUUGUACUAGUACUGCAAGCUAAAUACAACAAAGAAAGGCAUAUUGUUUACAACACAUACCAAUGCUACAGAAAAGACACUUUUAAACGUCUUCAGGCAGAUCACAACCUUGCUAAAAAUCUUGGUUUUUUAAUUGCAUGUAAAACAGUUCGUGGAGCAUACAUGGUAGAGGAAAAGCAUUAUGCUAAUAAGAAUAAUAUAAGUGAUCCAAUCAACGAGACAUUCAUGGAUACAACUAUAAUGUAUCAUUCGGUUGUAAGCUAUCUUUUACCAUACAUCGCAAACAAAGAAGUCAGCCUAAUGGUAGCAUCUCAUAAUGAAGACACGGUGUUGUUUGUCAAGGAAAAAAUGGCCGAGAUUGGGCUUAAAAAUAAUGAUCGUAAUAUUUGUUUUGGUCAACUCUAUGGGAUGUGCGACCACGUUUCCUACAGUCUUGGAAAGGAAGGCUAUUUUGUAUAUAAGUCGGUUCCUUUUGGACAAAUAAACGAGACGCUGUUGUAUUUAGUGAGAAGAGCGCAUGAAAACAAAUCUGUCAUACAAAGAACUAAUUUUGAAAUUUUACUUAUUAAGAAAGAGCUUAUAAAAAGACUGAUGGGAGUAAAAAUGAUCAAAUCAUAAAAAUGUUAAAUGGCGGUUUAUUCGUGUUGCUUAUCAAAACUAUAAAAUAAUUUAUUUUUUUUAA